UUAUUAGGGUCGUAAUGUUAACCAAUCCUGGACCGCCUUUCAGUCGCGAUUUGGCGCGUUAUUUCAAGAUGGCUGAAGGCUUUGCAGAAAGCAUAAACAACUGAUUGAAGUUGGAGUUCUUUUAAUACUGGAUUGCUGCAAGCAGAUUACCCACUAUAACAUUUUGCAAACAAGCACAAAAAUGAGUAAAUCGAAAGAAAUCGAAGCUGCCACAGGUGUAUUGAACUAUCUCAACCAGAAUAACAGACCAUAUAGUGCUGUGGAUAUAUUUAAUAAUUUACAUAAAGAAUAUGGGAAAACAGCAGUUGUACGAUCAUUGGAAGACCUGGCAAACAAUGGUAAAAUUCGAGAGAAAGUUUAUGGAAAACAAAAAGUGUACGUUGCAGAUCAGAGUCAGUUUCCAACUGUUGAAGAGAAUGAACUGAAAGAGAUGGACCUCAAAAUUGCACAGUUAAAAGAAAAAGUUCAGGCAUCAGAAACUGAAGCCAGAAAAAUGGAAAAUGUGUUGCAUGGUUUAAAUAGUACUAUGAAAACAGAAGAUGUUAAAUCCAAACUAUUAGAAACCACUAAAGAGUGCAAACAGUAUAAAGAGAGAAUUGACAAACUAAUGUCAGCAGAUAAUCAUAUAGCACCUGAAGAAAAGAAUAAAAUCUAUUCAGAUCAUAAAACGUUUGUUAAAGAGUGGCGGAAACGUAAAAGGAUGGCAACUGAAAUUACAAAUGCUAUCUUAGAAGGUUAUCCAAAGACAAAAAAACAGUUGUUUGAAGAUAUUGGAUUGGAGACAGAUGAAGAAUAUAGUGUCAAGCCACCAGAUAUUUAAAAUUGAUGCUGAUAGGGGGAUGGGGGAAUAUUUGUUUGUAAAGUGGUAGCCAG